AUGUCUUCUAACAUAAAGAAGCCGAUAAGUAGCCGAACAAGUAAAGUCGUUGCUACCGCUGACUCUUAUUUUCAAUAUGCGAAGGAGAUAGUUAUUUCUAGGUCUUGGGAGCCAUUACUUCACUUUGCACAAAAUACUAUCUUAUCCUUGAUGUCUAAGAUCGACUAUGGUUAUCUUCGCGUUUUAAGUCCCGACUGUAUCUACGAAUUCGGUCCUAAAGAUUCAACGUUACGAGUCAAUAUCAAAAUCAUUAAUGAUUCUUUUUGGGGUUUUGCCGAAGCAUACAUGAUUGGCGAUGUAACUUGUGAUGACUUACCAACACUUAUCAAGAUGUUUGCUAGCUUUCUUAGCAGUGAUAUGACUUAUUCGAGUGCUGUUUUUGAAAGUGAGAAUGAUACAUUGGAGGAUGCUCAAUAUCGUAAAUUAAGAAUGAUAAUUAAGAAGGCAAAGAUUUGCAAAGAUGAUCAUUUACUGGAGAUUGGAAGUGGGUGGGGUUCUUUGGCCAUUGAACAAAAAAACUUGGCCGAAGAACGGAUUGCAAAAGCUGGCUUAUCAUCAAACAUUGAAGUACUACUUUGUGAUUAUCGUAAUUUACCUGCAUCACAUCAAUAUGAUAAAAUUAUAAGUAUAGAAAUGAUUGAAGCUGUUGGACCAGAGUAUUUAACAACUUAUUUUGAAUGUUGUGAUAAAUUUUUAAAAGAACAGGGUGGUAUUGGUGUAUUUCAAGUCAUUACAAUGCCAGAGACUAGAUACUCUAGAUAUUGUAGAGAAGUUGACUUUAUUAGAAAAUAUAUUUUCCCAGGCGGUCAUUGUCCUACAGUAACAACUUUAGUUCAAGCAAUUAACAAGGGUUCUCGUGGUCGUCUUAUAGUUGAUGAUAUAGAAAACAUUGGACCUCAUUAUGCACGUACUUUAAAACUUUGGCGCUUGAAAUUCCUAGAAGUUUUUGAAGAACAUAUUAGACCUGCGUUAAUACGUAAUUGGCCAGAAAUGAAGAACGAUGAAAUAGAAAUAUUUAAACGGAAAUGGGAAUUUUAUUUCGCUUAUUGUGAAGGUGGAUUUGUUUGUAGAAUUUUAGGAAAUGUACAAGUAGUUAUUACCAGAGAGGGUAAUGAAGCUUUCCUAGAGGGAAUACCCUUAUGA